UUGCUUUCAACCCGGCACUGUUCUUCUUCUUCUUCUUUUUUUUCUAUUCAUUUUUUAAAAGAAUAAAUAUUAACAAGAAAUAAAUAAUACCUUAUUUUAAAAUUAUAUAUCUAUAAACGUUAACCAUAUAUUAAUAAAUUAAAAGCUUUCUCCCAAAUAAUUGAGAGAGAAAAAAAAAAAGCUUCGCGUCUGAGAGAGGCAAAUACAAAAGACAAUUACAGAGACAAACAAUAUCAAAUAUCAAUAUCAUCGACACAUUAAACUCUCUGCCGUUGGGUUUCUCUCUUCCUGAGAACACGGGUUUCUCUCUCUAGAAUUAUUAAAAGAGAUGUUGUGACAGGGAUGAUCAGCCUCUGAUAUACAGAGAGGAAUAUGGGAGCGUGUGUUUCGACGCCUCAUGGGUGUGUUGGAGGGAGAUUAAGGUCGUCCAAGAAGACUUCCGGUCGUCGUCGGAUGAGAAGAGGUCUGAAGGGAAGAGUUUCGUCUCGGUUGUCUGAGGCCUCAUCCGACAAAGCAGAUAGGUCCGUCGCACUUGAUUCCACCUCCACCUUCACCAACCCAAUUUUUCAAGCAGGAAGCAUUGAUGAGGCAUGGUUCGACUCAAUUCCCGUAUUUGAUUCUGAUUGCGAUGAAGAUUACCAAAGUGUUCAAGAUGUUUUGACAUGUGCAGAUGUGCUAUCUCUUAAUGAAUCUGAAAGUAUGUCGGUAUCAGGAAAUUCGGCCCGCAACUCUGACAGUGAAGGUGCUCAGAACUCUAGUUUUCAGGUCAUGAGUUCAGAUGAUAUUGACUCCCAAACUAAAUGUGAUGAACCUUCAACAAAUGAAGCAAAUCAACCUGUGUUCGUAGAUGAAUUCUCCUCAUCUGUGGAUGAACAUUCUUGCAAGGGAGAAGGAAUAUUGGAUAACUGUGGAAUUCUUCCAAGUACCUGUUUGCCUUGUCUUGCUUCUACAGUACCUUCAGUUGACAAGAGAAGAUCAUUAAGUUCUAGUCCACCGAGUGCAAGGAAAAAGGCACCCCUGAAGCUUCCUUUCAAAUGGAAAGAAGGCCAUGCUAUUUCUGCUCUAUUGUCCUCAAAGAAGAUGUUUCUGCAACGACCAAUUGCCGGUUCUCAAGUACCUUUUUGUCCAAUAGAAAAGAAAAUCCUAGACAGUUGGUCCCCUAUUGAGCCAAGUACUUUUAAAGUGCGGGCGGUGAAUUACUUUCGUGACAAGAAGAAAGAAUUUGCUCCCAACUAUGCUGCUUAUUAUCCAUUUGGAGUAGAUGUAUUUUUGUCUCAGCGAAAGAUAGAUCAUAUUGCUAGAUUUGUGAAACUCCCUGCUAUUAAUUCUACAGGAGAUCUCCCUUCUAUCCUUGUUGUAAAUGUACAGAUACCAUUGUAUCCAGCUGCACUUUUCCAGGGUGAAACGGAUGGUGAAGGAAUGAGUUUUAUUCUGUACUUUAAACUUUCUGACAGCUACUCUAAGGAACUUCCACCUCUUUUUCAAGAAAACAUCAGGAGGUUAAUCGAUGAUGAAGUUGAAAAGGUCAAAGGUUUUACUGUAGAUUCUCUCGUACCCUUUAGGGAAAGGCUGAAGAUAUUAGGACGUGUUGCUAACAUGGAAGAACUUCAUCUAAGCGGGGCAGAACGGAAGCUCAUGCAGGCUUACAAUGAAAAACCUGUGCUGUCUCGUCCUCAACAUGAGUUCUACAUUGGAGAAAAUUACUUGGAGAUUGAUUUGGAUAUGCAUAGAUUCAGUUACAUCUCUAGGAAAGGAUUUGAAGCUUUCUUAGACAGACUUAAGUUCUGCAUUUUGGAUGUUGGCCUCACUAUUCAGGGGAACAAAGCUGAAGAGUUGCCAGAGCAGAUCUUAUGUUGUAUACGAUUAAAUGGAAUUGACUACAUUAAUUAUCAGCAACUGGGGUUGAAUCAAGACCCCUUCUGAAUCUUUAUGUGCUUAACCAAAAUGUAAGGCCUAAAAUCAAUAAUUAAUAAAAGUAUAUUUUCAAGAGAAA